AUGGUCAUUUCAUCUUCAAUUGCUAUGCGUGAUCGAAGUUCUGAAAGUGCCCGCUUUGAAAUUUUGAGCGCUGAAUACAGUGCUGUUGUUUUGAAUAAUGAGAAUUCUAGCAUACACAUUGAUGCUGUUGUUGAUCCCUUGAGUCCUUCUGGUCAAAAGUUGUCUUCACUUCUUCGGGUAUUGUCGAAAUGCAUUCAGCCAAGUAUGAGGCUUGUUCUUAAUCCACUGAGUUCCCUUGUUGAUCUUCCUUUGAAGAAUUACUACCGAUACGUAGUACCCACAAUGGAUGACUUCAGCAGUACUGAUUAUACAGUAUAUGGCCCUAAAGCAUUCUUUGCAAAUAUGCCACUGUCCAAAACCCUCACCAUGAAUCUGGAUGUUCCGGAGCCUUGGCUUCUCGAGCCUGUAAAUGCUAUCCAUGACCUGGAUAAUAUAUUGCUUGAGAACCUGGGCAACAUAAGGACAUUGCAAGCAGAAUUUGAACUUGAAGCUCUUGUUCUUACUGGUCACUGUACAGAGAAGGAUCAUGAACCUCCCCGAGGCCUUCAGCUGAUCCUUGGAACUAAAAAUACACCGCACCUAGUGGAUACCCUUGUCAUGGCAAAUCUGGGUUAUUGGCAAAUGAAAGUAUUUCCCGGGGUUUGGUAUCUGCAGCUGGCUCCAGGGAGGAGUUCUGAUCUCUAUAUUCUGAGAGAAGAUAAGGAUGAUGGUAGUCAAGACAUGCCUUCGUCAAAGCGUAUCACUAUAGAUGAUUUGCGAGGUAAACUAGUUCACUUGGCAGUGGUGAAGAAAAAGGGCAAAGAACAGGAGAAGUUGCUGGUUUCUUCUGAUGAUGAUGACCAUUCUCAAGAGAAGAAAAAGGGCAAUCUGAAAAGUUGGAACACUAAUUUCCUGAAAUGGGCUACUGGAUUGGUAGGCGGCAGUGAGCACUCACAAAAGGGUGAAGGCACUUCAGUGGAGCAAGGAAACAGUGGGCGACGUGGGAAAACAAUCAAUAUAUUUUCUGUUGCUUCUGGGCACUUAUAUGAACGCUUUCUGAAAAUUAUGAUGCUAAUAAAGUUCUGGUUUAUAAAGAACUAUCUUUCUCCCCAGUUCAAGUAUGUAAUUCCGCAUAUGGCUAAGGAAUAUGGCUUUGAGUAUGAAUUAAUUACCUACAAAUGGCCUACUUGGUUGCAUAAACAGAAAGAGAAGCAGAGAAUCAUAUGGGCAUAUAAAAUCCUUUUCCUUGAUGUUAUUUUCCCCCUUGCACUGGAGAAGGUUAUAUUUGUUGAUGCAGACCAAAUAGUCAGGGCAGACAUGGGAGAACUCUAUGAUAUGGAUUUAGGAGGGCGACCUUAUGGGUAUACACCUUUUUGUGACAACAAUAAAGAUAUGGAUGGCUACCGAUUUUGGAAACAAGGUUUUUGGAAGGAACAUUUACGAGGAAGACCAUAUCAUAUAAGUGCUUUAUACGUUGUUGAUCUGCUAAAGUUCCGAGAAACUGCAGCAGGAGACAAUUUAAGAGUAAUCUAUGAAACCCUUAGCAAGGAUCCGAACAGUCUUUCUAAUCUGGAUCAGGCAAGUGAAUAUUCUCAUUGGUGGUUUCAUUUUCUAAAUGCAUUCCUUAGUAUGCCUAGGCCCUAUUGUCGUGUUAUUCGUAUAUAA